AUGUUUGCCAGUCACCGUGUCCGGGCCCCGGGGAAGUUUGGAACUUCUGCUGGAAGUUUGGAACUUCUGCUGGAAGUUUGGAACUUCUGCUGGAAGUUUGGAACUUCUGCUGGAAGUUUAUGCUCAAAGUUUCACAUCCAGCUCACAGGUUUCAAGACAAGAAUGGCGUCGUCAGAUGCAGGAAGAAGGAUCCUUUGGCUCUCCCUGGAUCCGGUGAACGCGACACUCGUGCCGUAUCCACCCCCGAUCAACCAACAGAUUGAAAGCGCUCACGAGAAGCUUGAGCCAGAACAGGGUCAGCAAGAGCGGAUCGCGCUGGGAUCAUCGUUCCACCACGCUACCAUCCACUUCUCGCCCAAAGAUGGCAAGCACUUCCAGACGACGCCGCAGAUCGACCAUGGUCCUCGCUUUGGAGUCAAGAUCAGUGGUUACCGGCAAGUGAGAAGAAUGGAGAUCGAACCAUCGCAGACGUCGGUCAUCUUACAUGCUGCGACACAUAAUGGUCUUGCUAAUGGAGAAUGGAGACUCGUCGAGGAAGAUAAGAGCAUGAAGCGUGUAUCCAUGGAAAUCAAGCAAGAGUUCUUGAUCAAUGUCGGCUCGAAUCAGCGGAAAGACUUCGUGCCUGUUUGGCAGUGGUGCAAACAGAACGAGGAGGAGCUCCAAGGAGUUCACGUGACUCACGCGCCGGAAAGUGCAUGGGGGAUUUACAUGAUAGAGACCAACGAGGCGAUCGAAGCUGCUUUCAGGGCCGGGAAGAGCUCGCAGGAGGUUGUCCUCGGAGUGCAUCGGGUGAUCAUCGAGAUGAGCGAGAGCGGAGUUGGGGUGCAGAAGGAUCUCUCGGGCAGACGGCAGCGCUUUGUUCGCCGUCAGUUGGUGUCUGAGCAGGACAAGGACAGGAUGUUCUCAGCGUCAGCCAAGUGCCGGCAUGUUUUCCAUGCUUGCUGCUGUCAGUCGCUCAAGGAACGACGCAUGCCCUGCCCGCUCUGCCGACGACAAAUCGAGUGA